UCUGAGGAGCUGAUCAAAAAGGAAAUGCUGGUUAUGCUGCAUUAUGACAACUUGCACAACCCGCCCCCAGCCCUGCUGACUGACAUCACGCGUACCGCCGAUGGAAAACUGCUCAGCGCCACGGCUCAGCAGAAGAGACUGCAACAGCUCAAUGCCACUCAUGAGGCUCAUCUGAAGGAGACGCCCUUCGAGGACUUUGAUGACGAGGAUCUCGCAGAGGUACGUGCGCCUGCCACCAGAUUUCUGCCCGUCUACCCUGCUGCCUGA